AUGACGGACACACAAGGAGGAAACACAGAAGAACGCUCGCAAAUCAACAGGGUGGCUUUAAAAGUACCUCUUUUCUGGACAGACGAACCCGAAUUAUGGUUCGCGCAGCUUGAAGCUCAAUUUACACUAGGAAACAUAACGCAAGACAGCACUAAAUACGCUUACGUCUUGGCACACCUAGAAACUAAGCAGGCCAAAGAAGUUAAGGACCUGAUAAUGAAGCCUCCUGAAGAAAAUAAAUAUAAGAGCAUCAAAAAGGCAUUAAUACAACGCCUAUCGAUCUCUCAGGAACAACAACUUCGCCAGCUCUUGGAACACGAAGAAAUGGGCGAUCGAAAACCUUCGCAAUUCCUGCGGCACCUACAGGCUUUGGCCAGCACGGCCAUUCCGGAGCAGCUCUUGCGUACAUUAUGGAUGGGCAGAUUACCAUCCCAGCUACAGGCUAUCUUAGCCAUACGAAACGCCGACAACCUACAGGACGUUGCCGAGCAAGCCGACCGAAUACAUGAGGUCACUUGCAGAACUGUAGCAGUCGCCAGCGUACAGUCGCCAACACUAAGCUCUCCAAUGGAAAAACGAAUCGACGGACUGACUAAGGCGCUAGAAGAGCUAGAAAACCGGCUAUCUCAUUCCAGGAGCAGAAUCUGGAACUAA